UCCUCCGUGGACACGCAGAGGCUCCUCUCCGCUCUCCAUCAUCAUCAUCAUCUGCAGAAGAAUGCGAGCGGGGAGCGGUAACACAAUGUCAACUCGGGCCGCGCUCCCUCGCCCGCAGACAUGAGCGGGGUCCCGUCUGCCUCUUCCAGCCGCAACAAGUCGCCCUCGCCAUGCGGAUCCACUGCAAAGUAGUUGUGAUCGCCGUGUGUUUCGGAGUUUUCCUACUUUUGUACUUUUUGGGAGGCAACGCCGCGGACGAUCCGCUGCGGAAAGAAGUUGCCCGGGAGGAGGAGGGGGAAGAGGCGGCUGCGGCGGAGGAGGACGGGGUCUCUUCCCGGUCGCCGCCGGAGCCCGGGCGCGAUGUUGCGGCGAAGUUUAAGAAGAAGAAACGGCCCGCCGGAGGAUACGGCGCGCGUGCGAAGGAACCUCCCGGGGGACGAAAAGAGGGCAGGGCGAUCAACACGGGGGCCGGCGUGAAUGUGAAUGUGAACGCCAAGAGUAAACGGCGGAAUAACGCGGCCCGACCUGUGACCAAGCGCAAGCGGGUGGAGGAGGUCAUGCACCUGGCCGUGGUGGCCUGUGGGAAUCGUCUGGAUGAGACCCUCGCCAUGGUCAAAUCGGCCCUCUUGUUCAGCCUCAAGAGGAUCACGUUUCACAUUUUUGCAGAGGACACGUUGGCCCCGCAGUUCGAAGAGAGGCUGAAACGGUGGCCCCGCUCCAUCUCCACCAAGUUCCAGCACCGGAUCUACCCCAUCACCUUCUCUGUGGGGAACGCCGACGAGUGGAAGAAGCUCUUCAAGCCCUGUGCUGCACAGAGACUCUUCCUCCCCGUCAUCCUGAAGGACGUGGACUCGCUACUCUACGUGGACACUGACGUGCUGUUCCUGCGACCCAUGGACGACAUCUGGGACCUCCUGAAGUCCUUCAACGCCACCCAGCUGGCCGCGAUGGCCCCGGAGCACGAGGUCCCAAAGAUUGGUUGGUACAGCCGCUUUGCGCGCCACCCUUUCUACGGAGUCACGGGGGUCAACUCCGGCGUAAUGCUGAUGAACCUCACAAGGAUCCGCAGCACGAUGUUCAAAAACAGCAUGAUCCCCAGUGGCCUCUCAUGGGAGGAUAUUCUACAUCCACUCUACCAGAAGUACAAGAACCACAUCACCUGGGGAGACCAGGACCUCCUCAACAUUAUCUUCCACUACAACCCAGAGUGUCUCUUCAUAUUUCCGUGCCAGUGGAACUACAGGCCAGAUCACUGUAUGUACGGGAGUAACUGUAAAGGGGCGGAAGAGGAGGGCGUGUCCAUCCUCCACGGCAACCGUGGAGUGUAUCACGACGACAAGCAGCCGGCGUUCAAAGUGGUCUACGACGCAAUACGGGAAUAUCCCUUCGAGGACAACAUGUUCCAGUCGCUGUUCUACCCCAUCCAGACCAAGUUCCUGGACACGGUCAACACCCUGUGCGGUCGGAUUCCCCAGGUCUUCCUCAAGCAGAUCGAGAAGACCAUGCGGAAGGUGUUCGAGGAGAAAGUGGUCCGACGCGUCAAGCCGCACAAAUAAGCUGAGAGACACGGACGUGGACUCUCUGUUUUUAAUCGGCCGGUCCUGGCCGUGGAUCGUGUGUCACGCCGCCGUCUCACCAGACCGAACUGUGGGUGCUCUGUGUGGGUGUUUGCUGUGUAUAUUCGACACAUGCCACGUCCUGGAUUUGGUCUUGUGAAACAUUGGUGUGGGGUAAUAAGCCAAUGUACACAGAGAAGCAUACAGUGCUGGUCAGUGAUGCCGUAGAAUAGGUGUUGCCUUAUUGCCGUCUCAAAAUGUUCAUGUCCCAGUUUUGAAAUGUAUGAGACUAUUGGAAGAAUGUUGUUAUUAUUAUUUUUUAUUAAGACAUCUCAAGUGUGGGCUAAAAGCUAAAAUAAUUAUUUACGUCCACCGAGGUUUACACAUUAAUAAAUCCCCCGCGCCUCUACAAUCAUGUGAACGUUUUACCGGCAAAUAACUUGAACCGCGAGCUCGGCGUGAGUUGCCAAAUGCCACCGUCAGUAUUCAACAUUACAGCACAAAACGAGGAAAAUGUGGAAUUUCAUGUUCAAGAGCCGAAUGUUAAAAUGCACUUUCAGAAUGACAUUGAGACUGGAACCAAAAGUGCGUGUGUGUGAGAGAGUGUGUGUGUGAGAGAGAGAGAUGUUUUUACCAGCAUUACUUUCAAUGUAGUGUAAUGAUCUAAAUGUGUCAUUUGACCCGGAAACUGGACUUGGCUGCGCAGCCACCACGUCUUUUCUAAAUAAAUCGAUGCAAUGUG